GGCCAUGACCGGAAGUAACGCGUCACGUCAUGUCCAGCUCAAAAGACGACUUGUUAAUGCGUACGUACUUGAAACGAAUGUUUUGAUUACAUUUUAUUUCGGAGGAACAUCACCGGAAACGAAUCCUUCCUGUGAGUUUGGCGGGUGAAAAGGUAAACAAAGGGAGGAACCUCGUUAACUGGGGUUUCGCGUGCAACUCGAGAUGUCGCGUGCGCCAACUCGGCGCAUUUCACGCACGGCGACUGAUCCCAACAAGCCAGCGGACACGUUACGUAAGCGCGCAGCAGCCACGGCAGGCAUUUAAACAGUGAGACUGCGAGACUCCGGCUGGAAACUUUCCCUUCUGCCCCCCCACCCCCCCUCCCCCAUACAGUCCCCCGUGAGAAGCAGCGCGUCUCCAUCUGGACCCUGCGCAGUUUCGGGAUCCAGACCAUGUCCUACGGCAACAGCGUGCGUGUCACCGAGGCCAGGAGGGUGGCUAUUUUCGGGGGAACGCACGGGAACGAGAUGUCUGGCGUGACUCUCGUGAACCUGUGGAUGAAGAACAGCGCCGAGAUCCAGAGGAAACGGGUCGAGACCAAGCCGUUCAUCACCAACCCGAAGGCCGUGGAGAAGUGCACCAGAUACGUGGACACGGACCUGAACCGAGCCUUCACCCCGGAGAACCUCAGUGCCACGGGAGGAGAUGACCUGCCCUACGAGGUGCAGCGAGCCCAGGACAUCAACAAGAUAUUCGGGCCCAAAGGAAGCCCGGAGGCCUACGACGUCAUCUUUGACCUCCACAACACCACGUCCAACAUGGGCUGCACCCUGAUCCUGGAGAGCUCCAAAGACCACUUCAAUCUGCAGAUGAUGAACUACAUCAAGAAAGCCAUCGCUCCAGCCAGUUGUCUUGUUCUGCUGAAUGAACAUCCUCUUUUGAAAUAUUCCACUUCGCGCUCUGUCGCCAAGCACCCUGUCGGUCUGGAAGUGGGUCCUCAGCCUCAAGGGGUUCUGAGGAGCAACAUCUUCGAAGCCAUGAGGGUGAUCCUGAAGCACGCGCUGGACUUCAUCGAACUGUUUAAUGAAGGCAUGGAGUUCCCUCCCUGUACGGUGGAAGUUUUCCGGGUCUUGGAGAGGAUUGACUACCCUAGAGAUGCCAAUAGAAACAUCAUUGCCAUGGUGCACCCCAAUCUGCAGGACUGCGACUGGGAGCCGCUGAACCCCGGUGACUCAAUGUUCCAAACAUUCGACGGAAAGACCAUCCGCUACCAAGGCACGGGCACCGUCUACCCCACUUUCAUCAACGAGGCAGCCUAUUAUGAAAAACAACAGGCGUUCAUGACCACCAGGCGAGAAGCCUUGGUGGCGAGCGCCAUCAGAAAAGUAUGAAAGCUGGUCGGCAAGGCUAACGGCGAACCAUGGACGCGCUGGUAGCCGCGGCAAAGAUCUGUGUGUUGCACUUUGUUCUGUUAGCGAAUGACAGACUUUGCCCUCACGUAAUGACUAGACACCAUAACUUUUACACACUGAUUUAGUUUGCCAAACAUUUACUAAAAGAGAAUCUAUUAACUAUGCAAAGAAGGUGUGGGGGCUUUUGAAAGAGUCACAGUGAAGGUCUUUGAUCUGAAGAAGUAUACUGCUGUGGUAAGUAUUUAUGAUACUGUUGUAUAUAUAUAUAUUUACAUUAAAUCAACUAUGUUUUUUUGUAUAAUAUUAAAGCUAAAUUGGUGGCUUAUGAAUCAUUAACCAUCACUCUUUAAGUUUCCUACUACUGCUCAGGAUCAUAACCUGCAACGUUUGACCCAAAACUGUCGUUGUUUGUCCUCUUCUACAUUUAUAUUUGUCACCUCUUUGGGAGGGUGUUUGUGGCCUUUGAUACUUCCUUCCUGUAAUUCCAGGGGUUGCGUCUGUGGUGCUGUCCUAUCGUUGCCUUAAUAGAGAUUUCAGACACACAAAAAAGAAUUGCACAGCAAAAUUUGGAGUGGAACUUGUAUGUUAUACGUGUCGGAUAACAAGAUAUUAUUUUGAUAAGAAGUGGAGUAUGUUCUCUUCCUCUAAACAAAUGGUUUGAACCGUGUUUUAUAAUGAUAUAUACCUGUGUCUAUUUUGAUAUACUUGUACUGUGUGUUUGGUCUAAAGUGAAAUAUAGUACUUGGAUCGUGGAAAGCAUAUGUCCUUUUUGAUAUGUUUUUGCGUCUUUGUCGUGUCAAAGUGCAUCGCUGUGGUCUUACAGUAAUUCAUGUUUCAAUUAGCAAUAAUUUUGUUGGGGGGUUAGCACCAUUUACAUGAUUAGUAACGUUUUCUGUCCUUUAAGUCCUGUGGAAAUGACCCAAUCAAUAAAUGUAGUGCUAUACUA